ACAUACUGCUCCCGGAAAUACCGGCCAACUGUUCGCCUUUCUUCGAAGCCUUAGGGUCCUCCUCGGCCGCCAUAGGCUGUCGAAAACUUGGAGCGACGGUUCCAGGAAUAGCAGCAGUUCGCGGAAGUGUUACCUUUAGGUCUUCUUGUUUCCUGGAGAGAACCAGGUCGGUGUGUGCUUUUGUCCCUUAAAGGUUUUCGGUUUGUCCCAUAGGAGGUUUGUUUCUCAUGGGAUGACGUGGUGUCCACAUCGUGGAAGUGGAGUAGGGUGGACCUGUGGAAUUACUGGCUCAAAAGUGGAGAGAGAAUGAACUGGGAAGGGCCAGAGGAAGAGGGAACGAGAGAAUCCCAAGCAGGCUCCACACCCAGCCCAGACCCCAAGUCUGAGCCACUCAAGAAUAAAAUUUAGUGAUUCGUCAUUUACAUAUAACACCCAGUGCUCAUCCAGGACUGAGAUUUCUGAAGAGAAGUUAAGAGUAGAUCCAGAAGACACAAAGCAGAGCUUCCCCAUUGCCAGCCAUUUUCAGAGAGCAGAAAAAAUGAUCCAGGCACAGGAAUCCCUGACGUUUGAUGAUGUGGCUGUGAACUUCACAUGGGAGGAGUGGCAGCUCCUGGCCCCUGCUCAGAAGAACCUGUACCGGGAUGUGAUGUUGGAGAACUAUAGGAACCUGGUGUCAUUGGGUUUUUACCCCAGGAAACCAGAUGUGCUCACCAAGUUGGCUCAAGGAAAACCAACAGGGACAGUGGAAGAUGACAUCCCCUUUCGAACCUGUUCAGAAAUCUGGAAACUUGAUGACUAUUUACCAGAGCACUUAAAAAAUGAAAUAAUGGAGAAUAGCCUAGAACAAUGGCAUAAACAUAACGCAUUUGAAAAUACUGUUCAUCAGAGCACAGCUCAUUCCGUGUUAAGACAAAAUCAUGAUAUAUGUGACUUACAUGGAAAAACUAUGAAACCAAAGUUAACUUUACGUAACCAGAACAGAAGCAAUGAAAUAAAGAACCCUGCAGAUCCUAGUGGAGAUGGAAAAUCCUUUCUCCACACUAAUAAUGAACACUUUCAUACUAAAAUUAAAUCCCCUGAAAGCAAGAAACUCAUCAUUACUAAGUCCCAAUUCAGCAAGCCUCAGAAAACACAAAAAACAGAGAAGCCUCAUGUAUGCAGUGAAUGUGGGAAAGCCUUCAAGAGGAAGUCCUGCCUCACUGAUCAUCAGAUCAUUCAUACAGGAGAGAAACCCCACAGAUGUUGUCUCUGUGGGAAAGCGUUCAACAGAAAGUUCAUGCUCACUGAACACCAGAAAAUGCAUACAGGAGAAAAACCUUAUGAAUGCAAUGAAUGUGGCAAAGCCUUCCUCAAGAAAUCACGGCUCAAAAUACAUCAGAGAACACAUACUGGAGAGAAACCAUACAUUUGCAGUGAAUGUGGAAAAGGCUUUAUCCAGAAGGGAAAUCUCAUUGUACAUCAGCGUAUCCAUACAGGAGAGAAACCUUAUAUAUGCAAUGAAUGUGGGAAAGGCUUCAUCCAGAAGACCUGUCUCAUAGCACAUCAAAGACAUCACACCGGAAAGAGUCCCUUUGUGUGCAGUGAAUGUGGAAAAUCCUGUUCCCAGAAGUCAGGUCUCAUUAAACACCAAAAAAUUCACACGGGAGAGAAACCUUUUGAAUGCAGUGAGUGUGGGAAAGCCUUUACCACAAAGGAAAAGCUCAUUGUCCAUCAGAGAACUCACACAGGUGAGAGACCCUACGUCUGCAAUGAGUGUGGAAAGGCUUUUGCCUACAUGUCUUGCCUUGUUAAACAUAAGAGAAUACACACAAGAGAGAUCUGUGGAGAUUCAGUCAAAGUGGAAAAUCCUCCCUCAGAGAGUCACAGCUUAUCACAGACUAGUGGUGCUGUGCAGGAGAAAGGCCUUGUUAAUACAGUGACUAUGCAAGUGCCUUCUGUGGCUUGUCACACGCCAUUAAACAUCAGCGGACUCUUAGCAAAUAGCAAUGUGGUCAUAGUGGGACAGCCUGCAGCCAGAUGUGCACCCUUAGGAGAUAACAGAGGGUUUGCACAGGACAGAAACCUUAUGAAUACAGUGAAUGUGUUCGUGCCUUCUGUGGUCAAUUAUGUCUUAUUUUAUGUCACAGAAAACCAGUAGGAGGAAGCUUGGAGACAUUCUACGUGGAGAAGGAUUGAGCAAAAAUUUCUAGAUUGUAUUAUGGCUGAAAAGUAUAUACUGAGAGGAAUUGUAUAAAGGCUGAGGCUGGGAAAGCCUGAUUUCCUCAUCCUAUUAAAAAUAUGCAUUGAUACAGAGGCAUAAUCUGAUGUUAACCCAAACACAUACACAUCAGUUGCUCUAUUGUAUCUGUUAAAGGAAUGGAGGAAAUCUGAGUUCAACUAAGUGGAGGAAAUAAGUAGGUGAAUUUUAAAAACAUACAAGAUAAUUUGUAUCUGGAAUGCUGCUAUGAAUGAAAAAUCAGGAAAGGGCUAAUAUUGGGUGGGUGGGAUAUGGGACAUGUGUAUAUCAAUUCAGUUUCCCCAGGCCAAGAUGAUUCAUUGGAAACUGGGAUGUCUGCCGUAAGCUCUUAAAGUUUAUUUUAUGCAGAGGCACUGAUGAAACAGCAGCCUUAGACUGAGUCAGUUCAUUAGUUUAUGGAGUAUUUGUCAAAUACUCCUUUUGUACUGGGUCCUGUUCCAGAAGCUGAGGAUACAGUAGUGACCAAAAGUAGAAAAAGCCCCUAGUUUCCUGGAGAGAGCACUGAGGUUGCUAGAUUAUCCUUAAGUGGUAUGUUUACACACCAGCUAAUCUAAUAAGAGGAUGUAAAUAUCCACACUAGGUGAAAUAGUCUUGGUUGUUUGCUGUAAGAGGAUACUGUAGCCUGGAUGGCUUGUAAAAAAGAAAUUAUUAAAAAAGUGCAAAGUUUCUACAUAACGAAUGUUUCAAAACUUUCUAAGUAUGAGAAGUCUUGAAGAAAAAAUGAAGAAAAAAUUA